AGCCAACGCUUUGGGGCAAACUCAGAUGCAGAUGGACCAGCCUUUUGUGAUCUGAAAGCACUUCCGAGGCCAGAAACCCUUUUUUUAUGGUGUUUCACUCAGACAACCCUAGAAUUUAGGUCCUGGGGCUAGAAUAAGAUCGAGAAUUCUGACUGACUCAGCCUGCCUCGGCUGGGUACCAUGGUGAUGGCUGAGUGCCAGGGUUGCACUCCUGAUUGCCUCAGUUUACACAGCUGGUAGGUAGGGCAAGGAACUGGGUCUGAGCAGCACAGCGUUCUCCCAAUGCCUCUGGCCCCUCUGGAGACAAAGGGCAGGAUCAGCACCACGGACAGCCCCGCGAUCCAGCCACCCUUUUAUGUGCCAAAGAAGACUGGUGAUCUGGACUCUGGUCUGGGAACCAGCCCUAGGCACUGCAUACUGUUCUAAGCCGGUGAAGGACUCUUGUGGCUCCCAGAGCAAUCUUUAUGCCCUAGCCAGCUUCUCACUCACUGAGUCUGCUGUCGCUUCCAGCGUAAGCCCCAGAGACGUGCCCCUGGGGGUCUCGCCACCCGCUGGACUCGAAGUCGUGCCGUCAUUGCUCUACAAUCAGUGCAUGUUCCCUGCUGACGUCAGUCGGAGCUGUCCUGGAGCUAUAUAAGGCUGGCGGCGGUCCCGGGACAGACCCCGUGUUUCCCAAGGCAUCCUCAGCCCGCCCCUAGGGACAGAGACUGGAGCUCCGUCCGCACUGUCCAUUCGCUGUUUGGCAACCUGGCCGGUGGCACCAUGAGGCUGGCGGGACGCUCGGUGCUGCUGGCAGCGCUGCUGCUCCUGGCACAGCUGCGCCCAGGGAGCAGCCAGUGGAACCCGGAGGCUGUGGCAGCCGAGGUCCAGGACCCGAGUCUGCGCUGGAGUCCCGGGUCUCGGAACCAGGGUGGCGGGGCGCGCUCACUCCUCUUGCUGCUGGCAGAGCGCUUCCCGCGCCACGCGGGGAGGGGCCGGCCGGGAUCCGCGAUCGAAGGCGAGCGGCCUCGUCGGGACGACCCUCCGCUGUCCAUUGACCUCACCUUCCACCUGCUGCGGACCCUGCUGGAGCUGGCGCGGACGCAGAGCCAGCGGGAGCGUGCAGAGCAGAACCGCAUCAUAUUCGACUCAGUGGGCAAGUGAUCCGUGGGGUUUGGGGACCUGAAAACCUCGACCCCCAUCUCCCAUUCCGGGGCUGGGCCGUGCGCAACUGGAACUGACCCAAUCCUGCGGGGCUAGAGCGGCCCAGGGAUACCCUGAGCACUCUCUGCGUUACUAGUUUU